ACAUCACCGAUACGGCACUGUAUUUUCACAUCAUUAUUCCGCAGUGAAUGUAUCCCAUUCUAAAGUUCGGUGUUGUUCCACUUGAAAAAUCUGUCGUACACAUAAUAGAGGAGAAUAAUCAAAAAUAAAUAGAAAAUGGCGGAGCCCUUGGUGUCUGUUCGGGAAGGAAAAUUAUUAGGUUCUGUGAAAAGUGAUUUAAACGGAAAAACUUUCUUUAGUUUUCAAGGAAUACCAUACGCCAAACCACCUCUCGGCGAAUUGCGAUUCAAGGCACCCCAACCUCCUGAAAAAUGGAAAGGCGUUCGAGACGCUACAAAAGAAGGAAGCGAGUGCUAUGCCAAGGGUAUCUCCGCAUAUGUAGGAUCUGAAGAUUGUUUAGUCCUUAACGUGUUCACCCGAGAAAUUUCAGGAAGCACCCUGAAGCCAGUUAUGUUCUGGAUACACGGCGGAGGAUUCACCAGCAGCUCUGGCAACUCCGACUUAUAUGGACCUGAAUUCCUUCUGACGGAAGACAUAGUUCUGGUUACUUUCAACUACAGGUUAGGGCCUCUAGGAUUCCUCCGCCUGCGAGAUCCGUCGUUGGGAGUACCAGGGAACGCUGGGUUAAAAGAUAUGGUUAUGGCGUUGAAUUGGGUGCAGAGAAACAUAAAACAAUUUUCUGGUGAUCCCAAUAAUGUUACAAUUUUUGGUGAGAGUGCUGGAGGAGCAGCAGUGCAUCUUCUCAUGUUGUCACCGAUGGCAAAAGGUCUAUUUCAUAAAGCGAUAUCGCAAAGUGGAUGUGCUACAAACGUUUGGGCAAGUUGCAGCAAAUACACCAUCCAUCAGUUGGCAGAAAAUUUGGGAGUAUACACUAAUGAUGAAGAACUCUUACUGAAGCAUUUGAGAAAUGUGUCCCUAGAAGAAUUGUUUCGAGCCUCCGAAAAAAUACCAGACCACCUUAUGGUAGGUGUGUUCAGACCCUUUGGACCGGUUGUUGAAGAACCCUCCGACGAGGAAGCUUUUUUAUCUGAAGAUCCCUCAACCAUCAUGAAAUCAGGAAACUACACAAAAGUUCCGCUGAUAAUAGGAUGUUGCAAUCGAGAGGGAAUGUUCGUUUACUCUCUCUGUAUUACUGGAAAGACAAACAAACUUCUGUUGGAUGAAACUGUUGUGCCUCGGUCUAUGAAUUUGAGGGUAGGAAGUGAUAUUUACAAAAGAGCUGUGGAAGAAAUCAAACGAUUUUAUUUUCAUGACAACGAGAAUCCUUUGACUGACUUGGAUAAUAUUUACAGGCUUUAUACCGACAAUGCUUUCCAGUAUGAAGUUUAUAAGACUGCCAAAUCUCAUUUGGAUUCUAGUAAAACCCCUAUUUUCUUCUACAACUUUUCUUUGGACACUGAACUGAAUUUUAUGAAACCUCUUUAUUGCAUUUCCUUCACAGGUGUUUGUCAUGCGGAAGACAUCGCAUACCUUUUCAAGAGCUUCUUCACUCCAGAUAUCGAACCCGGCAGUGCUGAACUGGUAGGAAUUCUUAGAAUGGUUAAGCUCUGGGCGAACUUUGCCAAGUAUGGGAAUCCAACCCCAACGAAUGACGACCCAUUGCUGCCGGUGAAAUGGUCUCCUAUCACCGCAAAUUCAUUCCAAGUUCUUGAUAUUGGAGAAGAACUGAAAAUUCUACCAGAUCAUCCCGAACGGAAAGCUAUGGAGUUCUGGGAUAGAAUGCACAUGAUCAAGCCAAUCAAUUCCAAGUUGUGAAGUGUGAUAGAACGUAUUUAUAAGAAAUAUUCUGGAAGCACUGUUGAAUCAACAAAAAGUUCUGUUCUGAACUUGAGUGUGAAAUAUUACCCAUUCAGUGGUGAAUGAAACGUUAAAGUUUGAAUGAUUCUCACAUGAUUCCAUGUUUUUACGUUCACUCAAAAAUACAACUUUGACUCAAGCUUCAA